AUGGCGGCAGCUCCCUUCUCUGGCUUUGCCUUGCGUGCUGCUCUUCUGCCAAGACCAUCUGUGUCAGGCCAGAGAAAGUGUAGUGAGAAGAGCGGCAGCAGAAACAUACACCUAGAGAACAAAGACGGCAGGCUGACCUCUGGCAUGCUGGAGAUGGAGCUGCAUCAGACAUCUGCUCCCACGAGCGCUGGCCUGGGAGGGUCAGGGCUGGUGGAACUCAACACCAGCAACCGCCGGCCACAGCAAGGAGCUGGCAAGGCAGAUUCCCUGAGCCCCUACCACAGUGGGGCUGUUGGGCAGAGCUGCUGGGCUCCUGUGGACCAGGAUUUUGGCUCAUUCCUCAAGGAGCGGAGGUCUCACCCUCCUUUCUCCCAGGUCUUCAGCUCCAGGUCUAAAGACCCCUGCUUUACAGAAAGCACUCCUUUGCUGAGGAAUUUCUCACAAGAAAAAGGGUCAUGGUGCAUUCCCAUUUGCCACCCAGAGUUCAUUACUGGUGAAGAACCUUGGGAGGACAGCUCAGCUGAGUGGGAGGGAAGAUGCCUGCUAAGCAGAGAAUUGGCAAGUUCCUCUGAAUCCGCCUCCUUAGAGAAGGGGGAGCUUCUGGACAGUGCUCGCUUCAGGUUCCGUCUUGCCGAACUGAGGUGCUGUGUGCGGUGGCUAAAAGUUGCAGGCUUAUUUGUCUUUGUGGUGCUGUGCUCUAUUUUAUUUAGCCUGUAUCCAGAUCAAGGAAAGCUCUGGCAGUUGCUGGCUGUGUCACCGCUGGAAAGCUACUCUGUGAACCUCAGCAGCCAUGCAGACUCCAAGCUGCUCCAGGUGGACCUGGCAGGGGCCUUGGUGGCCAGUGGCCCAAGUCGUCUUGGGAGAGAAGAGCACGUGGUGGUGGAGGUGACCCAGGCUUACACUCCAGGCUCCAGGCGGCGGCGGCCACAGCAGGUCACUCAUAACUGGACGAUAUUUUUAAAUCCAAGCAGAAGUGAGCACGUGGUGGUGAGCAGGACCUUUGAGGUUCUUAGCAGAGAGCCUGUUUCCAUCAGUGUCCGAGCCUCCCUCCAGCAGACCCAGAUUGUUCCUCUUCUGAUGACUCAUCAGUACCUCCGUGCAAGUGUUGAAGCACAAGUGACCAUUGCUGCGGUCAUCCUCGCUGGGGUCUACGUGCUAAUUAUAUUUGAGAUUGUUCACAGAACACUAGCAGCCAUGUUGGGGUCCCUUUCAGCUUUAGCAGCACUGGCUGUGAUUGGUGACAGACCCAGCCUGACCCAUGUGGUGGAGUGGAUUGAUUUUGAGACUCUGGCCCUGCUGUUCGGCAUGAUGAUCUUAGUAGCCAUAUUUUCAGAAACUGGAUUUUUUGAUUAUUGUGCUGUAAAGGCAUACCAAUUGUCCCGAGGAAGAGUGUGGACCAUGAUCUUCAUGCUGUGUCUCAUUGCUGCUGUCCUUUCUGCCUUCCUGGACAAUGUCACAACAGUGCUCCUCUUCACUCCCGUGACCAUAAGAUUGUGUGAGGUGCUCAACCUUGAUCCAAGACAAGUCCUGAUUGCAGAAGUGAUCUUCACAAACAUUGGGGGAGCUGCCACUGCCAUUGGGGACCCACCAAAUGUCAUUAUUGUUUCCAACCAGGAGUUGAGGAAGAUGGGUCUGGACUUCGCUGGGUUUACAGCACACAUGUUUGCUGGGAUUUGCUUCGUUCUCUUGUUCUCCUUUCCACUCCUCAGACUCCUUUACUGGAACAAAAAGCUCUAUAACAAGGAACCCAGUGAGAUCGUUGAACUGAAGCAUGAGAUCCAUGUCUGGCGUCUGACUGCACAGCACAUCAGCCCAGCCAGCAGGGAGGAGACAGCAGUUCGAGGUCUGCUCCUGGGGAAGGUGCGGGCACUGGAGCGCCUGCUGGCCCAGAGGCUGCACAGCUUCCACAGACAGAUCUCACAGGAAGAUAAAAAUUGGGAGACCAAUAUCCAGGAGCUACAAAGAAAGCAUAGGAUAUCAGAUAAGACUCUGCUCGCCAAAUGCCUGACAGUGUUGGUAUUUGUUAUCUUCAUGUGUUUUCUCAAUUCAUUUGUCCCUGGUGUUCAUCUUGAUCUUGGGUGGAUUGCUAUUCUAGGUGCCAUCUGGUUGCUAAUUUUAGCUGAUAUCCAUGAUUUUGAGAUAAUUCUACACAGAGUGGAAUGGGCAACCCUUCUGUUCUUUGCAGCACUCUUUGUUCUGAUGGAGGCACUGGCACAUCUCCACUUAAUAGAAUAUGUCGGAGAACAGACUGCUUUGCUAAUAAAGAUGGUCCCAGAAGAUCAGCGCCUUACAGCUGCCAUCAUCCUGGUGGUCUGGGUCUCAGGCAUCACAUCCUCCAUGAUUGAUAACAUCCCAUUCACUGCUACUAUGAUUCCCGUGCUCCUAAACCUGAGCAGAGACCCUGAUGUCAGCCUGCCUGCUCCACCACUCAUGUAUGCGCUGGCCCUUGGUGCCUGUCUGGGAGGUAAUGGGACACUGAUUGGAGCAUCAGCAAAUGUGGUUUGUGCAGGAAUUGCAGAGCAGCAUGGAUAUGGAUUCUCUUUCAUGGAAUUUUUCAGGCUGGGCUUUCCAAUGAUGGUUGUCUCCUGCAUGGUGGGGAUGUGUUACCUCCUUGUUGCUCAUGUCGUGAUGGGAUGGAAUUAG